AUGGCCAGGGAGACUUUAUUGGAUGCCGUGAGCUCCCUCAUGGAGAUCAUCUCUCCAGAGAGCCUCCUCCCCUCCGUGUCACUGUCGUACUGUCCAUCAGUGUCCACUGAGAUGUUAUGUCGACGCAGGCGGGCUCCGGGGGUGAUGGCGUUGCGACGGCUGAGGCGGCCAGCUGUGACCAGCGAUACACGGAGAACGUGUAUUAUGCUACAGCUGGAAGAUAUACAGAUUGUGUCUUUAGUCACACACACAACUUUGCCAACAGUUAAAGCCGGUACCAAGUUCAGCGGCCAGGCGCCGCGAACGCCCGGCUCUCACUCAGCAUCUCCAUCAGGCCCGCUGCUUUCGGGGCCCUGCGCCGCCUCUCCCGGUACCGAGCCACUCUCCCGGCAGGCGCAUCCCGGCGCGGAACGGGACCCCCGACGCCGCCGGCCCGGGGCACCGACGGCCGGCGGUCCUGCGAACCCGCGGGAGCCGGAGCGCUGCGGGGCGGGAGAAGCGCCGGUCCCCGGCUCCGCGCAGCGGGGCGGGCGGCGCGACCGCGACUCGCCGGGAUGGGAGGUGAGCGGGGGGACACAGGGAGCCGGACGCCCCUCUACUGCGAGGCCCCCGGUUGUCACAGCAACGCGGCAGCGCCUCUCCCCAAACUUUGGUCGCUAUAACGACCGGGCCGCGGCCGCGGCAUCCCCCGGGCGGGCGGUUCUGCGCCGCGGGGCCGUCGGGGCGGCGCUCACCUAUGGUGGAGACGACGGUGCCCACGAAGUAGAAGGCGCCGGGGAAGUCCCAGCGGGGCCGCAGGGCGUCGACGCGGAUGCCCGCGGCCAUAGCCGCCUCGUAGCUCCGCAGGAAGGCGCGCAGCUCCGGCAGGCUGAUGUUGAAGAUGCGGCUGAAGUUGUGCAGGGUCCGGUUCCAGCGGAGCUGCGCCGCCGCCUCCGACGGGCUCUCGAGGGCCGAGAAGACGGUGGCGCCGGCGCUCAGCUGGGAUCCAGUCCUCAGCAUGUUCCCAGAAGUACUUGCCUUGCUGCAGCAGAGCGUGGUGAAGAGUGGAGGAGGAAUGUCUGUCUGGGAGCCCGGAGUCCUGAAUCUCGUGAUGCUACUGAGACAACAAUGAUGGGAAUGAGUCCUCCUUACAUUUCAUGUCCCUUCCUGCAUUUGACAGGUGAGUGCUUUAACCUAGCUGGUUUGAUGGACAUGGCAAAGGUAACUUUCCCACUCUCCCUAGGGGUUCACUAUGCUCAAGGGAAGGUGCAGGCAUGUGGAUCUGGAAAUGGGGCUGCCGGGCAGACAAAGCUGCAAGACAGGCAAGUCUACAUAUCCUGUAUAUAUAAAAGUCAAGGACAGCUUGAGAAAUUGUCAGAAAAAGUCGUGAAAUGGCAAACAACUUUAUCAUGCCAUCUGAAGAUACACUGUAUGUGUUUUACGGACCCUGGGGCUACACAGUUCCUAGAAAUCUCUCCAACCAGUGGCAUUGAAAUGAAACCUGCUAAGCUGACACUCACUCCAUCAGGAUGAGGCUUUACAGAAGUUCAGGACAGGCAGCCUUUGAUCACAGCACUGAAGAAAAUAUUGGCAAUCCCUUUGGCCUGCCAGAUUUGUUUUCUAGAAUGAGAAGCUUCAGAGCGCGAUCCUUGCUGAUUACAACUGUCAGUUAUCAACAGACAGGUCAAAAUGUCCCUUCUGCCCGGGAUUUGUCCCUCUUCUUUUUUUCAGGUACGUGCUGGCUGAUGGUCCUCUGAGACCAUUUACCCUGCUAAACUUUUCCUAAGCAGGUUCCACUUGUGACUAGGCAACUUCAUACAAUUUGGUUUGUUCUCGAGGAUGUGUGGAGUCAAAGCAUGUGGCUCUGGUUCUCAUGCAGGUAUCAGGACUGCUGAUAUUUUUGGGAGCAUUAGCAUUCAUCACAUUAGCAUUAGCAUUCAUCACACAUUUAUUGGUACCUGACCCAAGGCUCCUGGCAGUGACCGGCUGGUGUGUUUCCUGGGCCGUGGACCAGAUGAGACAUAUGUGUGAAUGUGUGCAUGUGUGUGCAUGCAGAUAAUUUCCCUUGCAUUAAUAAAAAAAGUGAGCCUACAGUUGGUUGAUCAUCAGUGUAUCCAUCCAAUGUAUGGCAACUUGUGUUGAGUAACCAACUUUACACAAGGUCUCAUUUUCACUCCCUCCUCUCUCUUUU